CAUACCAAAUACUAAGAAACAAAUCAAUCAAUUAAGUAGUAUUUUUGUUUCUUUAUCUUUUUGCAGUUCAAAAUGAGUACUGACCAAGAUCAAUGUAGUACUAAGAAAUUACAAGGCAAAGUAGCAAUAAUCACAGGAGGAGCAAGCGGUAUAGGCGAAGCUACAGUUCAUAUCUUUGCCGAACAUGGGGUACGAGCCAUUGUGAUAGCUGAUAUUCAAGACGAGAAGGGGAAACACGUGGCGGAAGCUGUGGGUUCGAAUUUAGUCCGGUGCAGCUACGUACAUUGCGAUGUUACUGAUGAAGAUCAAGUGAAGGAUAUGGUAGACUGGACUGUUCAGAUGUAUGGGCAGCUUGAUAUAAUGUUUAGCAAUGCUGGCAUUGUUAGCCCAACUGAUCAAACCAUUUUGGACUUGAACUUGUCGAAGCUUGAUCAGAUUUUCGCCAUUAAUGUUCGUGGCAUGGCGGCGUGUGUAAAGCACGCUGCUCGUGUUAUGGUGGAGGGGAGCGUUAGGGGAAGCAUCAUCUGCACUGCCAGUGUUUCAGGCAGCAAAGGCGGCAGGAGGCGGACGGACUAUGUCAUGUCGAAACAUGCAGUGAUAGGGUUGGUCCGCUCGGCCAGUCUACAGCUAGGAGUGCAUGGAAUUAGGGUUAACAGCGUAUCGCCUUCCGCGGUGGCAACGCCAGGGCUGUGCGAAAGCCUACAGAAGGAGGUGAAGGAAGUGGAGAAGAUGUAUGAGCCACUGACUUGUUUAAAAGGGAUAGUGUUAAAAGUGAAACAUGUUGCUGAUGCUGUAGCUUUCCUUGCUUCUGAUGAGUCUGCAUUUGUUACUGGCCAUGAUCUUUCUGUUGAUGGAGGCUUUACUUCUUGGUAAAUGGUUACAGUGACCUUUCAAUAUAAGGAAGGCUACCGUUAGUGAAAAUUCAGAUAUUAUAUUGGAACAAUAUCAUGUGAAAAUAUGGGGCUAACUAGGCUUUCGCUUGCCUAUAUUUAAAUCUACUAGGUAAGAUUAGAACCACUAAAUUGUAUGAGUUCCCUUAUUUGCUAUAAUCUUUAUCAUUUGAGGAUUCAUUAAUAUUAAAUAGUACAAGCUAAUUUGUUUCAAA